CACUAGCAUGCAUGAUCUGAAAAAAAAUUGUACAAAAUGUGAGAGAAAAGCUUCCACUGACCUUUAAGAGAAGAUACUUUACAUGUCUGGACAAUUCUGAGUUACAGCAUCUUUCAACAGGAAUACAAAUAAGAAGCAAAGCAGUCAAAGGAUAAUUUCACUCGCGCGUGAUCGUAUGAUAGAUGUAUGAAACGACGUGAUGAUAAAAGAUCAGGGGAGUGUGCUGACGGUCACCUGUAGCCAAUGAAAAACCUUCCAGAAUCCGAUGCGCCAAUAAAAGGAUGAAGCAUCUGAGAGUGAACUACCUGAGGUGAUCCAGAUCCAGAAGGACCAUCAUGAAGCUUUGCUUUCUCCUCAUUGUGAUGCUUGCAUCUGCUGCAUCAGGGGCCAUCGAGAAGAGGAUUGUUGGGGGUGUGUCCUGUAAGAAGGACCGACAGUACCAUGUCCAGAUAGAGUCUCUUCAGAAGGGGAAGUCCUGUGGAGGCUCUUUGAUUAACACCCGCUGGGUCAUUACUGCUUCUCACUGUGCACAACAGCUUGUCAAAGUGACACUUGGCUUGAACAACGAUGUGUCAUUUUUUACGAAGGCGUGGUCUUUCUUGAAAGGAUCGUCCAAAAAAUUAGAGCAAAACAUUCAAAUUAACCAGCAGUUUACCUACAAAGAUGAGGAGGGGCGUGACCACGACAUUAUGCUCAUAAAGCUGAACGAGGACAUGUCCGCUAAACUCCCCACCAUCAAGCUCCCACCUGUUGAGUGUCAAAGACCAGAGCCGAGUCAGCAGGUUGAAGUUGGAGGCUGGGGAGCCAAGACGGCUGAUGUGACAAAGGCCAAAAAGCCCAGCAGUUUGAAGUGUGCCAGCACAGACAUCACUGCGUGUGGUGAGAAUGAUAAACCUGAUGAUAAAUACCACAGCGAUGAAUCCACCACCAUGUGUGCCCAUAAACCUGGUGUGGAGGCCUGCCAUGGUGAUGCAGGUUCAGCUGUGGAGUACAACAAUGUCUUACAUGGAAUUAUUGUAAGUGAGCCUGUUGAUAAGUGUGCAAACCCCAUUGUAAUGCUGGAUAUCUGUUACUACAGGAAGUGGAUCGAUGAAACCAUGCUCAAAAAUCCAUAAGAAAACCACAAAAGUCAUGAAUAAAGUUGAUCAAUCAUAAUAAUCACUUCAGCUUUAUGUAAUUGAGUCGAAUAUAACACUAACAAGAUAAGGGAGAAAGUGUGGUUAGACUGCAGAUUGCUUGUUACUGGAAAACACAACUUAAGUGUCCAUUUAGGACCAUCCAAAUCAUUUCAAACAUAUGAUUGUAAACUAAGAAUUAUAUUUAAAUACAUAUUUUCUGUUUGAGAUUCUUCUGUAAAACAAUUUUUCCCCCUAUGAAUAAAGAGAUAUAAUUGACCAGAA